AUCCCGAAGAAGAAAAACAUCGACGUCAUCACGCCGCACACUCUGACGUCGUUUGUGGCACUGCCUCUGAUCGUUAUUUAUCGGUGUGCAAACAAUGGAGAAUGGUGAUGGAGGGGAGACGUGUGAGCCAAAGACACAGCAGCCCUGUCGCUUCUUCUCUCAGGGAAGACGCUGUUUCUUUGGGGCCAAGUGUAAAUAUUUACACACAAGAUCUGAUCACAAAGAAGUAAUCCCGACUCCCUGCCAGGUGGACGUCCAAUCCUCCCCCCCUGUAGGACUGGAAGGAAAUGGUGUCAUCACUCCCAAGCCCAAAGCGUCCUCAGGAGCAGGACGCCGCGCCUGCCGCUACUUUUUGUCAGGGCACUGCGCAAUGGAGGACAGGUGUCGCUACUGGCAUCCACCGCAGUUCCCCUCAAUGGGGGACCGGGCGGAACCGGCAGAGCAGACCGGUUUGAUGCAAAUGAGAGCACCUGCGCCAAAUGUCCUCCAGGAGGUCAAACUGUGCAAUCUAACAGAAGAUGUUGCCGCACAACUUCGGGACACAGAGAUCAAGCAGCUAAAGAGGCGUAUUCCCAAAGAUCGUCUUAUCAUUCAAGAGCGAAGCGAUGGCAAGGUUACGUAUUACAGGGUCACUGUGGAAGCCACUGAUCCAGACUGGCCUUUUGAUUUAAAAGAAAUUGACAUCAUGGUGAGCUUUCCCGACACUUACCCACAAGAGAUUUUCACCCUGGAUAUCCCACUGGAUCAAGAGCUGCCGCUAAUCAUGGGAAGGCAUGUCCAGCAAGCGUCACUGGAGUGGCUCCAGGCGAAGCAUGCCACCAAUCAACUGCUCGGAAAAGUGGAGCUGCUCUUCCGACCUUUUCUCCGCUGGCUCGAUCGUAGUUUGGAGAAACUUUUUACGGAGGGAGCCAGGCAGUUAAAAAAGGACCGUGAGUUAGAAAAAGCCGGGCUGCAGUUCAUACCUUACCAGGAUCUGCUGGCAACGGCGUGUGAGAAAUCAGACAGCGAUCAUCCGUCGGACACCGCCUCCGACGCUGCGAACGAGCAAGAAGAGGCCGGCGACGUGGCAGAAGCGGAGGGCUUAGGUUGCGAUGAAGAGCAACGAGAGGAUGAGGAGGACGACGCCACUCACCUGGUGGAAAACAUUAAGAUCAGCGACGUCCGCAGAGGCACCGAAGUCAGGCUGCUUGGGCUGACGCUGGGAGAGAACACGGCCACCGUCGUGGGCCUCGGCGUCGCCGUUUGUCUUCAGUGCAACAGGUGUAAAUUGAUGGCAGACCUGACGUUGAACGGGAAGACGACCUGCGUUGCUCAGUGCGAGAAGUGCAGUGCGAGAAUCAGCGCCGCGUUCAGAGCCUCCAUGCUGCACCGCUACAGUGACGUGUUGGGCUACUUGGACCUCCAAAAUGCCGUUCCUUCCGACCUGGUGCUUCAAGACUGCCAAUUCACCGUGGGCUGCCUCGGCUGCUCACGAGAGAGCCCGCUUCAGAACCUUUGCUACGGCCAAACAAAGGAGGUCAAUUGUGAAAACUGCCACGGCAAGCUCAGUCUGCUGGCUGAGAGUGCCAGAUUCCAAUACAUUCAGCCACGCAGCAACAAAACAGGUCCAAGUGCUUCAACUGUUAAUUUGAAGACUGUAAGAGAUCCAGCUGUUCAAAAGGGGAAACCACUACCAGAGAAAGGAGCUUGCAAGCAUUACAAGCAGAGUCAUCGCUGGCUCAGGUUUCCGUGUUGCGGCCGUGCUUACCCUUGCGACGUGUGCCAUGAUGAAGACCAGGACCAUCCCAUGGAGCUCGCCAGCAGGAUGAUCUGUGGCUACUGCGCUAAAGAGCAGCCGUACAGCAACGGGAAGCCUUGCAUCAGCUGCGGCAGCAUGAUGACCAGAGGUCCUCACACUAGUCACUGGGAGGGAGGAUUGGGCUGCAGAAACAAAAUGAAAAUGUCAAGAAACGAUCGGCAGAAGUACGCCAACACAAACAAGACGAUUUCAAAGAAGGCCAGUGAAAAGAAGUAGCUUGAUUUGUUACUUGGUGAAAUUCAAUGAAUUUCUGAUUUUCUCCAAUAAAUCAUGUUCUAAUGA